AUGAUCCGCACAGUCAAGCCGAAGAAUGCGCGCGCGAAGAGGGCCCUGGAGAAACGGGAGCCGAAGCUGGUCGAGAACGUGAAGCGUGCUCUGUUCGUCCCCGGGGAGUCCUCGAGUCAGUACUUGCACGACGUGUGUGUCGAGUUGGGGAACUUGAAGAAGCCGUACGUGAAGCGGUUCCAGCGGAAGAACAAAGUGCGGUGCUUCGAGGAUGCCUCCUCGCUCGAGUUUCUCGCGGAGAAGAACGAUUCCUCGCUCGUCGUCGUUGCGACCCACUCGAAGAAGAGACCACACACGCUCACGUUCGCAAGGACUUUCAAUUACAAAGUGUACGAUAUGGUGGAGCUCUCAGUGCUGAGGGAGUCCUCCCGUUUGAUGUCUGAGUUGCGUGGGGAGAGUGCCGCUGCGGGGAUCGCCGCUGCACAGGUCGGUCUCAACCCGAUGUUCUCCUUCCAAGGUGCGCUGUUUGACACUCACCCAGUGUACCGUCAAUUGAAGUCUCUCUUCAUGGACUUCUUCAGGGGGGACCGUGCCCACGACGAGCAGCACAACCUGCAGGACGUCGCUGGGCUCCAACACGUCAUCUCGUUGACCGUGGGGGAACCCGAGACUGAGGAGACGACUCCACCACUGCUGUUCCGCGUGUAUAGACUGAGGACGUACCGUUCCGAGGGUCAGAAACUGCCCCGUGUGGAGCUCGUCGAGACGGGACCUCGCCUGGACUUCAAAGUCGGCAGAGUGCACACUCCAGAGCCGGAUCUUGUUCGUGAGGCGCACGUCCGCGCGAAGCAGACGCUCGGCGCACCACAGGUCAAGAACGUCGAGCGCGACAGCAUGGGUGACAAGUUCGGCCGCGUGCACCUGGGCAAGCAAGAGCUCAUGAAGUUGCAGACCCGUAAGAUGAAGGGUCUGAAGAGCAAGUUCGACCAGACCCCGGGCGAGGACGACCCGGAAAUCUCGGACGACAGCUACGGCGAGGACUUCACGACCGCCACGGACAUCGACGUCGCGCCGCCUGCGAAGAAGAAGCAGCGCAAGUAG